UUAGUGGAAGCCAGUGAAAAGAUUGGUAGAGUGGAGUGGAGCACACUGAGUGGAGGCCAGUGGAGGGAUUGGCAAAGAGGGGUGGAGGACACUGAGCAGAGUUCAGUGAAUGGAUUAUCAGAGAGGGGUGCAGGACACUGAGCGGAGGCCAGUGGAGGGAUUGGCAGAGAGGGGUGGAGGACACUGAGUGGGGGCCAGUGGAGGGAUUAACAGAGAGGGGUGGAAAGACACUGAAUGGAGGCCAGUGAAGGGAUUGGCAGAGAGGGGUGGAGGACACUGAAAAGAGGCCAGUGGAGGGAUUGGCAGAGAGGGGUGGAGGACACUAAGUGGAGGAGGUGGAGGGAUUGGCAGAGAGGGGAAGCAGUCGCUGAUCGGUUGACCAGUGAGGAGGGAGUUGCAGAGAGGGAGAGAGAGAGGAGAGAGGAGGAGAGGGAAGAGAGAGGAGGAGAGGGGAGAAGAGGAGAAGGAGGAGAGGGAGGGAGGAGAGGGGAGAGAGAAGGAGGAGAGGGAAGAGAAGGAGGAGGGGAAGAGAGGGAGGAGAGGGAAGAAAGGGGGAGGAGAGGGAAGAAAGGGAAGAGAGGGAAGAAAGGGAAGAAAGGGAAGAGAGAGGGAAGAAAGGGAAGAGAGGGAAGAAAGGGAAGAGAGGGAGAAGAGGAAGGAGAGGGAGGAGAGGGAAGAGAAGGGGGAGAGGGAAGAGAAGGAGGAGAGGGAAGAGAGGGAGAAGAGGGAAGAGAGGGAGAGGGAGAGGGGAGAGAGAGGAGGAGA